CUUGCUGAGAAGUUCCAGCACAAGGCAGAACUGAGUCACACAAUCUCUCUCUUCAGUCUCCAUCCCUGAAAGCCCCAAGCAGCUACUCUGUCAGCCUGAGGGAAGAUUCUAGAAGAGACCGUGGCUGUCCCCUGGGAGAUUCAUGGGCCAGAAAAGGAGCUCCAGGGAGUGGCCAGGGGCCACACACACACUAUGCUGCAGUGCAGACCACCCCAGGAGUUCAGCUUUGGGCCCCGGGCCCUGAAGGAUGCCUUGAUCUCCCGUGAUCUGGCCCUGAAGCAGCUCUACACCUCAGCCUUCUCUCCAUCUGAGAGGCUCUUCCUGUCUGAGGCCUACAACCCUCACCGGACCCUCUUCAGCACACUGCUCAUCCACUCGGCCUUUGACUGGCUCCUGAGUCGUCCAGAGGCCCCUGAAGAUUUCGAAACCUUCCAUGCUUCCUUGCAGCCCCGGAAGCAGAGCCUGGCCCGGAAACACAUUUACCUGCAGCCUAUAGAUCUGAGUGAGGGGCUGGCGGGCUGCCCCUUGCUGGACCACCUUCGAAACUGUGCAGAGGCUUUCUUCCUGGGCCUUCGAGUCAAGUGCCUGCCCUCAGUGGCCGCUGCCUCCAUCCACUGCUCCUCAAGACCUAGUCAGGACACUGAUGGGCUCCAGCUUCACACAGAUGGCAUCCUGUCCUUCUUGAAGAACAACAAGCCGGGGGAUGCACUGUGUGUGUUGGGCCUUACACUGGCUGACUUGUACCCCCAUGAUGCCUGGACCUUCACCUUUGGCAGGUUCCUUCCGGGGCAUGAAGUGGGUGUGUGCAGCUUCGCUCGAUUCUCUGGGGAGUUCCUGCAGGCCGGGCCCAGUCUUCCUGACCCAGCUCUGCUGGAGGCAGCUGCAGAUGACCCUGAGACACUGCCACACGAGGGAGGCCGGACCCUGUGCUUCAGUGCCCUGGGCAUGGUUCAGUGCUGCAAGGUUACCUGCCAUGAGCUCUGCCACCUCCUGGGUCUGGGGAGCUGUCGAUGGCUUCGCUGCCUCCUGCAGGGGGCACUUAGCCUAGAUGAGGCCAUAAGGCGGCCCCUGGACCUCUGUCCUAUCUGCCUUCGGAAACUGCAGCACCUCUUGGGCUUCAGGCUCCUGGAGAGGUACAAGAGACUCCAUACUUGGACCCGAGUGAUGGUGGAGAUGUGGUCUGGCCAAGAGGCUGGGGAACCAUCUGUGUCAGAUGACACUCUGCCCUUCAGUGCUGACUCAGGCAUGGGCUGCGAGAGUGACACAGAGCCUGUCACCAGUCCUUCAGAGCCCGUCACCCCUGAUGCGUGGAGUCAUGUCUUCCCUGAUGGGCCUGAACCAGGGUCUGAGGAUGGGCUGAGCUCUCUGGUGGCUUCAGAAGUGUUGCUGAAACUCGGGGGCCCAAUAGAGGCCAUUGAGGAGUAUGGACAGUGGCUGGGUGCAUGCAUCCAGGUCCUGGAGAGAGAAGUGGCUGAAGAGGAGCUGGUCCACGUAGAUGCAGCUGUGGAUGCCAUGGGCCGGUGGGAGAUGUUCACGGGGCAGCUCCCAGUCACCAGGCAGCACCUGCCCUGUGUCAAGGAUAAUGUGGGGCUGCGAAGGGUCCUGGGCGACAAGUUCUUUUCCCUGAGGCGGAGGUUGAGCUCUCGAAGACUUGCCAAGGCUAGUUCUUCCCACUGCCGCUGGGGGGCAGAGAAUUAAUGCAUCGGGAUGAACCAUCCAAUACAGUGAAGUCAGCUCCUGGCAUUUUUUCCUGAGGAUACCAAUUUAUCAUGCCUGACCAGUGACUGAGGGUACUUCUGGUAUCUUCUGGAUUAAAAGAAAUGUCCCCAGAAGCUGAAGAAAUGCUCCUUGGGUGCUUGACCAUGGGGUCCUCAUGUUAUGUGGCCUGCAGCCAUGGCUAAGAGGGAGGAGGUAGCCACAUGCUUGCUUCUUCCCUACAGGAGGCGGCUCUGGUCUAAUCACUCAGAGCUGGAGCUCUGGACCACUCUGCGACAUGGGUUAUGUGGCUAUGUGUAUGUCUGUGUCCCUCUGUCUGUGCAUGAGUGCAGCUGCCCACAGAGGCCAGAAGGGGGAAUCCCUGGAUGCCAUUACAGGAAGUGGGAGCAGCCCUAUGUGGGGGCUUGCAGUUGAACUCGGGCUCUCUGCAAGUGCAGCACACACCUUUAAUGUCUGAGCCAUCAAUCCAGCACUGUUUCUUUUCAACUUUGUGUCACUCAUACAGGGUUCUUUUCUGUGGUCAGAAUGACUUUCGGCUCAAGGCUGGCGUGGGUCUUUUGUGAAGCUCCUGGAGAAAUUUGUGCCCUGUGGGGUUGGCUAUUUCCCAGACAGAACUGGAGUGAUCUGGUGUCUAAUGGGCAGGUUCAUGGGGUUGGGUGUGGAAGGCAGAAAGGCGCCUUCUCCAACCCUGAGGCUGCUGCUUGUGCUGUCGCUACCAGUUAGGCCAGUGUGGUGGUGGGGCUUGGCUCUUCUGUCUUUGAUGGCAUUUUCCCUGUCUCAGUCUAUAAACUCCUGACAGAAGAAUGGUAUUAAAA